ACCUGGGAAGAAACCUUUAACGCUGAAUAUAAAAACAUGGCUGAAGAAUUGUGGUCUAUUUUCAAUAAUGUAGCAUAGGUCAAAUGACCUGCAGAGGAUGUUGAGGCAAUAUUAUGUAUAAUUUAAAACAUCUUUAGCUUCUUGGAUCUAAUUUGCAUGUGACUCUACAGUAUUGUUUUUUCAAUUUUUUCAGACAAAGCAUGUGCAGAAAUAAAAUAAAUAUCAUCCAAAAUAUUUUAGGGCAUGAUAUACAUAUUUCUUAUCAUGUGAUACUGUAAAUUGAAUAAAAAAAAUAGAAAUAUGAUCUAAAAAAAGAUUAGACAUUUGAUUUUUAUACAACUACCUUGUUGCAUAGCAUUUAAAAUCUGAAAAAGGUGACAUCUUGUGGUUUUAUAAUUUUUGCCCUUUGUUUUUUUUUUUCUAUUGUCAGAUUCAGUCUGCUUGUUUAAUGGUUUAGGUUCUGGUUCUUCUCUUCCUGCUUCACUAAACACCUGAAUGAAGUUAUUAAUCAACACAGCUGUUUCUCAUUUCUAAUUAGUCUCCUCAGUGCCUCUUGGCCUGUGGUUUCUGUUCAUUGAAAGUUUUUGGUUCCUCUGUCAUGGUUUGGUUUAGUCAAGUUUGCGGUCCUUAAGUUAUGAUUAAAUUUUAGAAGUUUGAGUCAUAUUUCAGUUUAUUUACUAAAUAUUAAAUUUUCCCAAUCCUGUCUGAAUUGGGAUCAUUCACUACGUUAUUCAUUGGAGCAGACAGCAGGGUGGCAAAAGAGAAGAGAAUAUAUGGAUAUAUAUAAAAGUGUGACGUGCCAGCCCUGCUCAUCGAGAAAACACAGUGCCACUCAUUGGUGUCUGCAGAAUAUUGCACAAGAGUCGGUGGACAGCUCUGACGAGGAGUUCUUUGAUGCCAGAGCAGAUGUUAUGGAAGGGAAGAGCGCCAUUCUGCUUGGCAUGAGUCAGUGGAACUCCAAUGACCUGGUGGAGCAGAUCGAAACUCUUGGACAUAUGGAUGACCAGUCCCACGAGGGGCUGUACCAGUUGGGAGGUCCACACUGUGCUCCUCAGAGCAGCAUGGAAGGGAUGGAGGGUUCAGAGAUGAAGUGUAAGACCCACGUGCUGCUGCUCAUGGUUCACGGAGGGAACAUCCUGGACACAGCAGGCGGAGACCCCAGCACAAAAGCACGUGACGUGGCCACGUUGGCCUCAGUGCUGGAGAAGGUGACUCGGGCGCACUUCCAGGCUGCUGCAGAGCAUGUAAUGAUCAAACUCGUGCCAUGUCCAGCCGUGUGUUCUGAAGCUUUUUCCCUGGUGUCAAACCUGAACCCAUACAGCUACGAUGAAAGCUGUGUGUCGAGCAGUGUGGACCACUUGCCCCUGGCUGCCCUCCCCCUCCUUGCCAUUGUGUCUCCACGCUACCAGGAUGCGGUGGCAACUGUCAUCGACAGAGCCAACCAGGUUUAUCGCAGCUUCCUGCAGUCUGAAGAUGGCCAGGGCUUCGCGGGUCAGGUUUGCCUGAUGGGUGACUGUGUGGGUGGAGUGCUGUGCUUUGACGCUUUGUGCUUCAGCAACCAGCCGAGGCCUGGCAGUCCUAACAACAGCAGCAGGAACAACAGCACAGAAAGCCUGAAGGAUGGCUCCGGGCUGAUGCAGGUCUCCGGUCGGGGCCUCAGUUCCAGCAAAAGGCUGAGCAAGAGCAACAUCGACAUUUCUGCUCCCAACAAUGGCCAGGGUGGUCCUUCACUCAGCCGAAAGCAGAGCGACUCGUUCGAUGGAGACAGCUCUUCCAGCGGACAGCGAAACUUUUUCUCCAGUUUGAUGAAGGAGGGUGUGGAGCUGCGUGGAGGCGGCAGCGUCGGUCUGGUGUUGAACCCUGGCCGCUUUGACUUUGAGGUGUCGGACUGCUUCCUGCUGGGCUGCCCACUGGGGCUCGUGCUGGCCAUGAGGCGGACUGUACUGCCAGCGGUCCAGGUGAGUCAGCUUCGUCCCGCCUGUUCUCAGAUCUUCAACCUGUUCUACCCCUCGGAUCCUUCAGCCUCCCGACUGGAGCCGCUGCUGCAGCCUCUCUUCCACAAGUUGCCACCAUUUGCUGUCCCUCGCUACCAGCGUUACCCUCUUGGAGAUGGACGCACACAGCUCAUAGCGGAGAGCAUCCAGAGCCACCAGAGUGUGUUUUUAGAGACCGAGCGAUCCCACGGAACGAAAGCUCCGCAGCGGUCCUACGAGACAAAGUCUGAAGGUGGAAGAGAAGUUGGUGGAGGUCGCAGCGCCAGCAUGACCAGUGUGGAAAGUGAAAUGUCAGUUUGCUCCCUGAGCCAGCUGGGAAACACUAUUGCAAACAUUUCUAGCAGCUGGUGGGGGUCCAAGAGGUUGGACUAUGCUUUGUACUGCCCCGACGUGCUAACUUCAUUCCCCACAGUGGCUCUGCCUCACCUGUUUCACGCCUCAUACUGGGAGUCCACCGAUGUGGCAGCUUUUGUUCUGCGGCAGCUUAUGCAAUGCGACUGCGUGAAGACUCAAGAAGGGGACAACUUGGACUCGGCUCCUUUCUCUCCUUCCAGUCCACGUGAAAAAUGGCUUCGAAGGAGAACGCACGUCAAACUACGGAACGUUACAGCAAACCACAGAGUGAAUGAUGUCAUCGCCACUGAAGAUGGACCCCAAACUCUGGUUGGUCGCUUCAUGUAUGGCCCAUUGGACAUGGUCACCCUGACUGGAGAAAAGGUCGACAUCCUGGUCAUGACACAGCCUCAGUCUGGCCGCUGGGUGCAUUUUGACACUGAAGUGACCAAUAACAGUGGCAGGGUGGUGUACACCAUAUCUCCCAGCAAGAAGCUUGGUCUGGGAGUCUAUCCAGUCAAAAUGGUGGUGAAAGGGGAUCAAACCAGUGCAGAGGCCUACCUGACGGUGUUGCCUCGGGGCAUGGAGUGUGUCGUCUUCAGCAUUGAUGGGUCUUUUGCUGCCAGUGUUUCUAUCAUGGGCAGUGACCCAAAGGUCCGCCCUGGAGCAGUUGAUGUUGUCAGGCAUUGGCAAGACCUCGGUUACCUCAUCAUUUACAUCACAGGCCGACCUGAUAUGCAGAAGCAGCGAGUUGUGUCCUGGCUCUCGCAGCACAAUUUCCCCCAUGGGAUGAUCUUUUUUUCUGAAGGCCUGGUUCAUGAUCCACUUCGGCAAAAAACCAUCUUCCUCAGGAACCUGAUGCAGGAGUGUCACAUUAAAAUUAACUCAGCUUAUGGCUCCAUGAAGGACAUCUCAGUCUACAACAUGCUGGGUCUCAGCCCCUCGCAAAUUUAUAUUGUUGGCAGACCUUCGAAGAAAUACCAGAAUCAGUGUCAGUUUCUGAGCGAAGGUUACGCCGCUCACCUCUCCACGCUUCAGUUCGGCCACAGAGCGAGACCCAAGAAAUCUCCUUCUGUUCGUAUGGUGUUACGUAAAGGUUCCUUUGGUCUGUCGGCAAAGCCUGACUUUCUGUGUAAACGCACCCACCUUCGGAGGACCAUGUCUGUCCAACAACCCGACCCACCGUGCACACCUAAUCCCAAACCCGAGCGAGCGCAGAGCCAGCCAGAGACAGAUAAGGACCAUGGAGGAGGAGGAGGAGGAGGACAGGGUGCAUGGGGACGAGCCUCCAUGCAACGCGGAGACACCACUCCCUGACAACGAAGAAAAGUUGGAGAUUGCAUUGAUGAGGACUGAAGAGGAGAAAAAUGAAUAGCUAGUGUCUAAGGCCAAGAUGACAUAUCAUUCAUUGGAAUAUUUUAAAACUUUGUUUUAUAAAUCUGUCAUGCGGUUUAAGUAUGCGUCCCAAACACCAACUUCAGAUUCUAAACUCCCAUAAAAAGGUCUGUAAAUGUCCUGCAUUCAAAUUUAGUACACACUUUUCAGCAGAUUGCUGGUUUUCUAAAUUAGAGUGAAUUGUGGGAUUAGGUGUCUUGUUUUAGAACACAAUGAUGUGUCAAGUCAGGGAAUUGAACUCACUACUUACUGGUUCUCUAUUCAGCCAAACCAGCUAUAGCCAAGCCUUUUAUUGCAUCUUCACUCAGACAUUUAAUGAUGGGGGAGUUCUACUUAACCUGAUUCUAACCUGAAUGAAGGUGGGUUGUGCAGCCUAGCUGUCAAUCUUAGUUGGUCAGAGGAAACAAAUCCCUGGCUACACAGACAUUGGUUGUGUCCAAAUUCCUUCACUACUCACUAUAUAGUGCGUUCGCCAUUUUGGAGUACUGUCAAAAUCUGCAAUUCCAAAAUCAAGUUCCCUAGAAAUUUUCCAGAAGCCUCUGCGAAAAACUAGCGUGCAUCGAUGCUCACUAGAUUGGCGUUGGAACAUUUUGUAAAACAAAAAAAUUAUUUUGAUUAAUUUUUUAAAGAAUCAUCCAUUUUUUAUCAUCAAAACACAGUAAAUGUAUAGUCUUUAUAAAAUAUUCAUUUUUAUUAGGGUUGUAUUUCUGCAAUCUGUGAUGUCAGCAAGAAAAGUAGUGAGCAUGGUGUCCAAAUUGCUCUUACAAUCCAGUGCACUAGAUAGUCACGCACUAUGUAGUUUUUUAGUAAUUUAGGUAGUAGGGAGGGAAUUUAGACAUAGCCAUUGUGUUAGGCAAGGCAUCUAAACCCCACGUUGCCCCAACAGUGAAAAAGAAUUGCUUUGAGUUCUUAAGAGUAAAAAAUUUUGUGAAGGCUGUCUAACAAUUGGAAGUGUGAUGUGUUAUGACAAUGGAAAACAGAGUGAGGAGAUUUUAUUCUAAUAUGCAAUGCUCAAGAUUAUGAAUUGAUAAGAGAAUUUAGUCAAUUCUUGCUAAAAUUAAAACGUUCCUCCCAUCACUGAAACUGCCUGCUUAAAGAUCCACUCAAAUGAAAAUUUUAAAUGUUUUUUACUUCUGAUGGAGGACACAUAUCAUGAAAAUUAGGCCAAAAAUCGGGCAUUUGUUUAUUCAAUUUGUUGUCAAUAUAGGGCAGAUAAAAAAGUGCCAUUUGAAAAAGAGCUUAUUUGUUACGUAAAAAUAUGUUGGAUGGGGCACAAGCUCCCUACUCUGCUCCAUUCUGAUGCAUACACUUGUAGGCGACUAGAUCGAUGUACGUCUUUGUUUUCCUCAUCUGAGCUGGCAUCUGGCACAGAACUGUUUAGCUGGAUAGCUGCAAUAUUCAUUCAUUCAUCUUCAAAACCUGUUUUGUCCCUGCUGGAGCCUAUCCUUGCCACUCAUCGGCAAAGGCAGAGAAUAUCCUGGACAGGUUGCAAAUCAAAUCAAAUAACAGAUGCUGUUAUUAGCAGCAGUCCUCUAGCUGAACUGAAUGUUAAUCAGGCAGGAAUAAUGAAUAUGCAAGUGCAACUGCAAUGCUGUCCAGUGCUUAAAAAUGUACUCCUUUAUGAAGUUGAUAAUAUCAGCAUUGCGGCUAAUAAGAGUUGAUAUGUUGAAGCAAAAACAGCUGCUUUUCACUUAACCCUUAAAUCUGAGAUCGGUUUUCUUCUCUUGCUUCACAGCGUCGUGUCUGUCUGUCGAGCACUGGAUGCUCUAUUGUCUGUGCGCAUGUCUGACUGCUCAGUUUUACCUCCUGCUUGGCCCCCUACACUUUGGCGUCUGUGUGGACCUGUUCCAUACCAGCUUGUUCUGCUCUGUGGAUGAUAUUGGAACUGCUGCAGAGGAUGGACACAACUUUUACCAACAUCUGUGUCAAGUUUUAGGAGUUUCUCAACGUAAAACUAGACUGUAUUUCAGAUCACAAAUAUAAAAAUAAACUAUCCAUGUGCACUCACAUCAUCCAUGGCAUGAAAAUAAACAGACUGCUCAUUUCUUUGAGGUUUUUGAGGCAGUGCUUCAGCCUGAGCAUCAGUUUACCAGAUAGUACGCGUUCCUUGGACUCACUAAAAGUCUUCGUCAAAGGCGACUCCAAUAUUAACUCUGAUCUAAUGUAAAUACUCAACAUGCAUCUGCCCUUUGCAGGCCUUUGGAUGCAGAAGUUCAUUGACAUUUUCGAUCAAUCUGUUCAUGAGUUCUGCAGCCGGCGGUGAAUCUAACCUCUGUCUCCGUUUUACUUCCACCGUUGGAUAAAUAUAUUUUUUGAGUUGUACUUUACUUCUCCCCCUUUUAUUCCUCCCUCACUCCCCUCUCCUCAACAAGUGAGGCAGAACAUGUUUUGCGACAGCCAGCACAGUGUGUGUCUGCGGUCGCUGCAGGGCCGAGGUAUUCACAGCCCAGCUCCUGAGGUCACAUUUGCCCGGCGCCGCAGCAGCUCCAGAACAUUGCAUUCCCCUUGAAUUUGUAAGUUCUGCUUUGCACACCGCUCAUGCACAAUUCCUGCUUGUUAAUAAUUGCUUUGACUGACUGAACAUUCAUAUUUGCAGAGAAAAGUGAUUGUUCAAGUGAAAAUGUUUACAGGCUGAAAGAAAUUGUAAUAUAAGGUAGCUUGCUUUUCCUUGAUAAAUAGAGCAACAAUAGAAGUUUUUUUUUUCUCAAGAAGUCUAGUCUAGCUGCUUGGUAGUUUUAGUAGUUUGCAGGAUAUCUUGCAGUAUUAUUAAGUCCCUUAGGGAUUAUGUGAUGCUUUUGCAUCAUUUUAUCGCAGCUGCACUGAGACCAAUGGAUAUUUGAAGCUGAUGUAUGUGCUGUGAGGUCAUGUUUCAAAAACAAAUCUGUGAAAGGUGACAAUAUUUUUCUACAAGUUAACAUUGUAUAUAAAGCUAUUUUCAAUGUAUGUUUUUUGACCUUUUCUUUGACUUGUACAGAUAUUGAUUUUUGCCUUAAAGCGUCUUUGAUGUUUAGAGAACCUAGAAGACCACUAAUGCUGACGAUGUGCACUUUCUGUUGUUGAAAUUUGACUUGGUUUACAUGUAUGUGUGAUCAAGAGUAUGUGUGGGUGUUUGUUGUGUAGUUGUGUUAAUAGGGACCGUGAGGUUGGUUGUGUUGAGUCAAUGCCUCUGCAGUGGAUCUGGAACACAGGGGGCAAAACCAGUGCUGGUAUUUCUGCAUAUUUUUUGCUGCAGCUCACUACUGCCGGUUUUUCAGAACAGAGCAUGUAUUUUUAAACAAUUGGAUCGGAAAAGUUGUGUCAGAAGAUUACGGCGUUGAGGUUGUUAUUCCGACUUUGAAAGGGAAGAGGCUUAUCAGUACUUAUAGUGUCUUGUUUUUGCUGGGAUAGCUGCACAGCAAAGUGGAAUGUACAGUCCAGGAAGGAACUAUCUUUAACUCCUUUUAGUUCACGUCCCGCACCCAAUACAUAGCCCGGUAAUUAGCCUUUUGAUUUAAAGUAAGCACGUUUGAUUCCCAGCAGCGUCGCCUCUGUAAUUGCAGUGCAGCAAUUAACAUUCCUUCAUGACUGUUUAAUACAAUAAAACAGUGCUGGAAUACUCCGUUUUAUUGUGCACUUAGACAAAUGGUCUACAACACUCUUAACUGAGAAUUGAAAAGUUAUUCCGUUCCCCUAAUCUGUAGUUACAUCGUACAUAUACGCAUUUAUUAUUUGCAAUAAAGGAAUCAAACAUUCAAUCUGGAAAUGAAUCAACAUUAUAAUGGCAAAAAAAAAGAAAAUCUGAAGGUAAUUUGUUUGCUAGAGUUCACUACUGGCAACCAUUUGUGAUGCUUGUAAUUCUCCUUAGAUAUAUUUAUUUUUUCAUACAAGAUAAUAAAUUGAGAUACUAUCAAAGGGUGCGCAGAGGGAUUCCAGGUGUUUGAAUCUGUUUCCGGAAUUGAAAUAUCCGCAUUAAAAAUACCCUGCCAAUGUAAACAAGAUAGUUAUCUUUGAGACAAUACUUACUGAAAACAGUCUUGUUUUUGGGCAUGUACAGCUAAUAAAUAGACAUCAUCUAAAAAAAUAAUUUUACAGCUAGAAAAUACACAUAUUAGGUCAUGGAGGCUAAGUCCAUAUGUUUUUGUUGAUGAGUUGCUAGUUGACUUGUGUAAAUGAUUUGACUCCCAGUUUAACCCCCUGUUGUGCUGCUGCAGAGAUUGUUUUGUACAGAUCUCCUGUAAUGAUGACUAUAUUACUGUGUUUGUUGGACACAGUCUGUCUUUCAUAUUAUAUGAAUAAAGAUAUCUCGCAGUUGAUGAA